AUGUCACCGCGCCUACUCUUCUUCACUAGCGGUUUGUCCUCUAUUACUGAGCACGCAAGCGGUUCCAGUCCGCGGUAUGCACUUGCACCGGCCGGGUGGCCCAAGUCGGAGACAUUUUUUCUGGCCUAUCGCUCGAGCAAGUGUGGGCUCAAUAUGGUUGCAGCAGAAUGGGCGCGGGUCUUGCGCAACGAUGGAGUCAAGGUUUUCGACAUCUCGCCGGGAUUUUUGAACACCGGAUUGGGCGAUGAUAGGAACUCAGCAGAACGGAGGGACAAGGGGGCUUUGGGUGCGAUCAAUCCGGCUAUUGGAGGUGAAUAUUGUGCCGACGUUGUUGAAGGUAAACUGGAUGAGCAGGUCUGGCCUAUCAAGGCACUGAGAAGGACUAUGGUGCAACCCUGGUAA